CGCUCAUAUUCACCACUGCCAUCAAAGAGACGUUGCAUUCAUAUUCUGCCAAGAUUUCUCUUUACCUCUCAUAAGACUUUCUAGAGCUCCCGCAUAAGCACCAAUGCGUCCCACAACCACUCUAAGAUGGGCCUCGGCCGUAAACAGAGCCAGGACCCUGGGACCCAACGCCCCGAUGCCCCUUCUGCCGCCUAUCCCCCUCUACCGUCGCUUGCUAAGGGCCCAUCGCAAGUUCCUUCCAGCCGAAAUGCGGUUGCUUGGGGAUGAAUACGUCAAGGCCGAGUUCCGCGCUCACCGUAACGUGGACAACCCUGCCCAUCUGAUCGGCUUCUUGACGGAGUGGCAGCUAUACGCCCAAAAGGUCGAGGGCGAGGCGUGGAUAGGCGAGAAGAUCGACAAGACCAAGUUUGAGAAACUCAGCGACGACCAAGUUGGGCAACUUUACGAGCUCAUGAUGGCUAUUCGGCAACAGCAGCAGGAAGAGGGAGGAGAGUCGGGCGAUUCAAGUCCACAUUGAUCGACCCCUCUCGCAGUAUGUAUUAUUGCGGGCGGGCAUUUGCAACGUUAUGGGCGCCGAGAGGGGUGUAUUUCAUCUGGAUGCCAUGAGAGACAAUUCUCCCAUGUCAUGUAUUAUGAUCAUGAGAUUUUGGCUGUAAAAUAAAUAAACUUGUACUACCUCG